CAGCUGUCCAGGUACUCAGGGUUGUCACAGGUAGAACUGCUGGAACUCAGGGUAGCAUUGCAGAUGCCAUGCUGCUCUCAGGGCCCCUUGCCUGCUGCUGGAAUUAAACCCACCCAGAUCUUGGAAACUCUGCCCUGGACCCUUCUCAAUAAGUCCACGAGAAAUCAGACUCUUUCCUUUAUGCGACACUGGAUUUUCCACAAAGUAAAAUCAAGAUGAGUAAAGAUGUGGUUUCUAGAUAGUGCCUGAAAAAGCAGAGACCAUGGUGUCAGGCGUCACCACUUGGGCCUAUAAAAGCUGCCACAAGACGCCAAGGCUACAAGCCACCCAGCCUAUGCGUCCGCUCCUCAAUCCUCUCCUGUUGGCACUGGGCCUCAUGGCGCUCUUGUUGACCAUGGUCAUUGCUCUCACUUGCCUCGGCGGCUUUGCCUCCCCAAGCCCUGUGCCUCCCUCCACAGCCCUCAAGGAGCUCAUUGAGGAGCUGGUCAACAUCACCCAGAACCAGAAGGCCCCGCUCUGCAAUGGCAGCAUGGUGUGGAGCAUCAACCUGACAGCUGGCGUGUACUGUGCAGCCCUGGAAUCCCUGAUCAAUGUGUCAGGCUGCAGUGCCAUCGAGAAGACCCAGAGGAUGCUGAACGGAUUCUGCCCGCACAAGGUCUCCGCUGGGCAGUUUUCCAGCUUGCGUGUCCGAGACACCAAAAUCGAGGUGGCCCAGUUCGUAAAGGACCUGCUCUUACAUUUAAAGAAACUUUUUCGCGAGGGACAGUUCAACUGA